UCGAGGCGAACGCACGUGUACAGCGCGGCCGUAAAAUGUGUUGCGUUGAGUGAAGCAGUUGUAACAAUAGCACAGCUUUCGUAAGUGUACUUGGUGAUCGAGUGAUGUGGUUGAUUUGAAUGUGGUUGUUCUGUGAUUGAAGGGGAUUGGUGCAUUUUUACUGUUACGAAAGGCGUCGAAGGCACGAAAUGACGUCAGACACCGCGCUCAACUCCCAGCGAGUUUUUAAGAAGGCAUCACCGAACAAUAAACUAACUUUGUAUUUAACCUCGCGGGAUCUGGUGGUGGAGAAUGGCAGCAUCGAUAAAAUACAGGGAGUGAUCCAUGUGGACACUGACAGCUUGGAAAACAAAAAGCUAUUUGGACAAGUGACGUUAACUUUCAGGUACGGGCGCGAGGAUGAAGAGGUUAUGGGGCUCAAGUUCUGCAAUGAAGCUAUUAUGAGUCUGGCACAGAUAUGGCCUAUACAUUGCAAUUUGGAUAAGGAACCAAAUACACCAUUGCAGGAAGCUCUAAUAAGGAGACUAGGAGCGAAUGCUUUUCCAUUCCACUUGGAGUUGACUCCGCUCGCACCCCCCAGCGUACAACUGGUCCCCGCCAAACAAUACCACGGGGCUCCAAUAGGGACCUCGUAUGACGUGCGAGCCUUUAUUGCUGAACGAGCUGAUGAAAAGGUAUCACGUCGGAAUACAGUACGUAUGGGGAUCCGGGUCCUGCAAGGUCCGGGGAAGAUGUCCGUUCCUCCAACACUACCGCCGGACUCUCCACAUCACACCUUCGGCAACCUCACACAUCACAAUGUUUUGCGACUAAAAAACAAAACUAAAUUAGAAGCAGAUGAGAACAGCAGGAGAAAACGAGAUCAAAUUGAAACCGUAGAGCCCACUCCACCCCGAACCACUGUGGAGAAACCAUUUCUUUUAUCAGACGGCAGAGUGGAACUUGAAGCGUGGCUGGAUAAGGCGACGUACUCUCACGGCGAGUCGAUACGUGUCAAUAUUCUUGUCACCAAUAAUUCAUCUAAGACCGUCCGAAGAAUAAAGGCGCUAGUUGUCCAACAUGUCGACGUGUGUAUGUUUUCGAACGGCAAGUUCAAGAACGUUGUAGCAUUGGUCAAGGGAACCGGCACUCCCGUACUUCCGGGACAGACGCUCACUGAUGCUUUUACACUUACACCGCAUAAAGGUGCUACCAAGAAUUGGAUAGCACUAGAAGAUUCGUAUUCAAAAUCGGGAGCAAGCCUCGCAUCAACAGUAUUGUGUAAUUCCGACUCACCCGAAGAUCGAAACGUAUUUGCAAUUUACGUUUCGUAUUACGUAAAAGUUAAACUCACGCUUAGCACCAUGGGGGGUGAAGUUUCUGCCAAACUACCAUUUACAUUGACGCACUCGUGCAUAAACGAAGCACCAACUGACAGCGUUACAGAAGAAGCCACACAUAAAAUGAUUCUAGAAGGUAAAGAAAACAGCGAAGACGAGGAUAGCAAAGCUGAAGCAGAAAAUGAUAAGCAGAACAACAACGGAAACAAAGUAGAAGGAACCCGGAAUGAAACAGAGGAAGCUCUCAAACAAGAAAACAGAUGUGUCGCGGACGUUCUUGUGAAUAUUGAGAACAAGGUAAGUGAUAGGCCGAAGAAGUUUGAGGGACAGACGGAAGUAAGGAAUAUUAAGCCCAACGAAGAGGAAUUGGAUCUGAUUGUAAAAUAUCCCGGUUCUGAUACGUGAUCCGACGAGGAUGUUGGUGACACUGGCCAGAGAAAGACGGAACAGUCUGAAGUGUCGCAUGCUAAAACAUGUAAGGCGCAAAUUCACAUAGAGAAAACUGGGUUUGCUGAAAAUCUUAAGAGAGCCGUUUGUUGUAUAGAUAGAAGAAGACAUUCGUAAUAACAAAAUAAAAAGGACAUAUUUAAAUAAGUGAUGUAUAUAUUUCACAAUUUUUAAACACUUUACCUAAUUAAUUUUUUAGAAAGUGAAGACUCCUGUUUUGUCUAAGACCAAUUUUAUAAAAUUGUCACAUAUGAUACUAUGAAAUUUUUCAACUUGUACGAAGCUAAGAUUAAUAUUGCCAAUUUAGGAAAAUGUAUCGUCAAUUUAUAAACUUAACCACCUUUCAAUACAUUAUAUGUCUACACUAAACUUAUGAAACUGACUAAGAUGUAAAGUAACGAAUUCCUAUACUAGUCGCUAGUUUUAAGAUUCUAUUUAAGGGUCACUUAUUUACCGUGUACACCGGUAUCAACCUGAAAAUUCAUUACGCUUAUUAAAUUGUAGUUGCUCGUUCAAUACAUAGCAUUUCUACUAUUAUAAAAUAUAGCUUUAUAAAAGUCGACACGAUUUUGCGCCAAAUCAUUUUAAUUUUAUAACUUCGUAAUGGUUUUAGUAAACUAAAUCAUGUACUACGAGAGGGAUGUGUCGUUUGUAUCCUUUUUAAAAAUAUAAGUCCUAAUCAUCGAUUGCUACUGAGAUUUUUUAAUUACUGUGUCACUGUUGUAAUGAUAGAACUAUAAGUGUGAAAUCAAAAAGAUAUGCUAAUUUAAAUUAUCAUAGAAUGAGGUAAGAGUGUUUUGUCUGUUUUUAAAGAAAUCACGUAUUGAAACGUCUAGUGCGUUGAACAGUGUUUUAAGUUAAAAAUUAAAAAUUUAUCAUGGAUAUACUUUUUCGACACAAGAUACUUGUUGCCACGACAUAUAAAUGUAAAGUUUGUAAAUAAAGUUCUAGAUUGUGA